UGUCUUUUAGAUGCAAGGUUGACGUUUACGGUCUGUAACUGACGGAAAACUUUAGACAAGUGACAAAGGAAACAGUUGCACACCCGUCCAUAGUAUCAUGUAAAUAUCCGAAUAUAUAGUGUGUGCUGAUUGCAAGUUGGUAAAACAUGAUUCGGUGAAAAAAAGUGCUCUAUGAGCAAUUCCUUGAGCAAAUGACGAGCCAACCGUUUUAAGUGAGCUUGCAGAAGACUCCAGAACUUGUGCAUAAUGGGAUCAUUUCGGCGACCUCGCCCUCGCUUCAUGAGCUCUCCUGUGCUGACAGACCUUGCCCGCUUCCAUGCCAGCUCAUCCGCCAUGCAGCUUUCCAAUGCGAGUGUCUGGAACAGUGUCCAGACAGCUGUCAUCAAGGUGUUUGAGGGAGGAGGGUUGCAGGCAAAUGAGCUUUACACUCUUAAUGAGAGCAUCAGGUGGCUCCUCAAAACAGAGCUGGGCUCAUUUAUCACAGAAUAUUUCCAGAAUCAACUUUUGACAAAAGGCCUGUCACACAUUAAGGAAAAAAUAUGCCUCUAUGAGGGUGACAGCCAACUCAUCGUUCUGUCUGAGAUGUGGGUGAGAUUCUUCACUGAGAUAUUGCCUACACUCCAGGCUAUAUUUUACCCUGUUCAGGGUCAGGAGCUGACCGUCAGGCAGAUGGCCCUGUUAGGCUUCAGAGACCUGGUCCUCUUGAAGAUCCACCUCCACGACUCACUGGCACACAGCACUACCACGUUGCCCUCCCCAGCCAUCACUCAGAUGCUGCUCAUCCUACAGGGCAUCCAUGAAUCAGGUAGUCCCAGUCAAGAGUAUUACCAGUUAGAGAAACUGGUGGAGAUUGUUAUAUCUCCUUACCUGGGGAAUGUUCUUCACGGUAGUAAAGGCAUGUGCUUCCAAGAAUGCUGUGCAACGUACCCCAGGAAGGCAGCAAGCCGACCAGAGAUCACCAUAACCCACCACACCUCAGAUUCGUUCACAUUGGCUCCCCUGGUGGAGCAUGAGGGGGAAGCCUACCUGGAGAAGCUGGGUGGAAUACGACGCCACACGGUAGCCAACGCUCACUCGGACAUCCAGCUGCUUUCAGCAUCAGGCAGGAUGCACUCUGGGAUGGAGGAGGACCGCAGGGGCAGUGGGGGGAGCGAAAUGGGAAACAAAUGUGUCAUGGGAUGCAGACCGUUCUCCAGUGACCCUGACAUCCUGGAGUCACCAUUGGGAGGGGUUCUCAAGCAGCCAAGAUCAUCUGAAAUGAUUUGCCCUCCCCCCAGCUAACAAAAUGGGGCCUUUAUCCAAAAAGCCUUAAGGAGAAAUACCUCAGUGAUGAAGGGAAAGGAAUGGGAUUUCAGGGGGUUCUCUAUGGUCAAAAGGUCAUCUCUCUGUGCCGUUUCACCAAACACGCCAUCCAUCGGUGGACUACAUCUAAUAGGAGGGAUGGAAGAGGAAGCAGGAUCGUCUAUCAGAUGAAGCCAUUAUUGGGGAAAGGGGAGGAUGAUCCUAAAGUCUACUUAUUGAAAUAAGGUUGGGGAAUUUAGGAAAUGUCUGAAUGUAUCCUGUCAACGUCUUCACAAACCUUACCUGAACAUUGAGGAAGUAUGUGUUGACCGUGCCACAGCAGUAAAACCCUACCUGAACAUUGAGGAAGUAUGUGUUGACCGUACCACAGCAGACAAAUCCUGUACAGGGUUUGAUCAUUUAUAUGGUUUUAAAACUAGUCUCCAACAAGAUUGUGUGUAAUAUUUUUGUACUAAUAAAAUACUUAACUAUAUACUUACAUCCCUCAGUAGCCUGCA